GCUCCAGAGAAAUGUACCUCUAGUGACAGGCUGGUCUUCGAGCACUGCCGAAGAAGGUGUUGGACCUGGGGAAGAGUGGUUGAAGGAGCUCAUAGAUCCCUCAGUCAUUUUGCUACGACAGUGGUUCCCAAGCUGGGGGUCGGCAUCCCAUGAGGAGUCACAGGAUGAACCAUGUAAGAGACUGACCAGAGAGUGUUUCUUUAUUCAUCAAGUUGGUAUUGUCGGCAGGAUCCCAACACAGCUGGACACGGCUCGUAUAUGGGCCUGGAUGCUCAACAUGCCUCACAGCCCUCCCAAAGAAGGAGCAAAGGCACUUAGAGAAAGCGCUCCUGUAGCCAAAGCAACCAUGGCUGUGUGCGACCAUGACAGGGCCUGUGGGCGGGGCUUCUCCUGUGAUCGUCACUUUGGUCUUUGUGUUCCUCUACGAGGGGAGGGCCACUACUGUCGGAGGGAUGCCCAGUGUGUACGCGGACUCAGCUGCAUGUUUGGGAAGUGCCACCGCAGCAUUCCCAACGGACAAGAGGGUGCCAGAUGUAAGGUUGACAGGGAUUGCGGGGCAUCCAUGUGCUGCGCUCGACACCACGGUGAACAGGUGUGCAAGAGACGUCUGAGCCACGGUGAGAGCUGCUAUGUUCCUGAUGGUGGCCUGGCAUUUAGCAUAAACCAGAUUUGUACAUGUGACGAGGGGCUACUGUGUCGUGAACACAGUGCAUCACACCGGAGAGAGAGAGAUUUAAUUUACCAGCCAGAACGAACAAGUUGGACCUGCCAAGUGCCCAAACCUUGAUGUCAGCCUCUACAUUAAAGCUAUUUAUUAUGUAAAUAUAUUGUAUAUGAUUGUACAUAAAAAACUUUUAAAGCAAGGAUGUUUUUUUUAUUGUUUCAUUUUGUAUAUUUUGACAAAAGCACUACUGUAUGUAGCUGGGCUCAGCAAUGCCAUGGAGUCUCAUACAGUAUCUUCCUCAUGCAUUUAUUGAUCUUUGAUUAUAUGUAUAAAUGUCUGUUCCCCUUCAAUUUAAUGAAUAAAAUUUUUUUUUUUCCAAAAGCAACUAUUCUGU